AAUCCCGCCCCUGCAUUCUUCGUGUUGAUCCACCCCGCAUCAUUAUCAUAAUAAGCGAAGAAUGGGCGGUGGCUUGGUGGCAAGGGGUGGCCUUUCCGCGCCUCGGCCUAAGUGGCCUCUUCUGCGUAGGGGACGUGAGCUUGGGUGCUCUUGUGCUAAUGUCAUGGGACGGGAAGCCGAGAUUCACGGAAGGGCAGCGGCUGGCCCAGUAUCGGUCAAAUGAGUUUAGGGUAAAAGCAGAACUAGACGUAGGUGCUUUUCUCCUGCUCAUCUCCUCUAGUGCCUGGCCUUGAUUUCUUCCCUGUGGGAAUUCAGUGCCCCAACUCAUGAUCUGUAGCCCGUCGUUGCCUGUCGCAGGGCCUCAAUUUUUCUGUGAGUCUAGGAGCCAUGUCCACCUUGUUUCCCUCACUUUUCCCCCGUGUGACGGAGACAUUGUGGUUUAACCUGGAUCGACCCUGUGUGGAGGAGACAGAGCUACAGCAGCAAGAACAACAGCAUCAGGCCUGGCUCCAGAGCAUUGCAGAGAAAGACAACAACUUGGUACCUAUUGGCAAGCCGGCCUCAGAGCACUAUGAUGACGAGGAAGAGGAGGAUGAAGAUGAUGACGAAGAUAGUGAAGAGGACUCAGAGGAUGAUGAGGACAUGCAGGACAUGGAUGAGAUGAAUGACUACAAUGAGUCACCUGAUGAUGGAGAGGUCAAUGAGCCUUCUCUCCAGGUGGACAUGGAAGGCAACGAACAGGAUCAGGACCAGUGGAUGAUCUAGGUAGACAAGGCAAGGUGGCCUCAGGGAAAUCCAGGCCAGCCCAACUUACCCUGCAUUCCCUGCAGAACCAGCUGAUUUCCCCAGUGCUGAAAGCUUACCCUUGGGUAUCUCUUCAGCUGCUGCCAGGAACUGGUCUCCUUGGCCCCUCCCAGGCCAUCAGUUUGCCCUGGAUUCCCCAGGGCCUGAGCCCAACCCACCUUUCUGCCUAGUACUUCACCCUUUGGUUGCCAGGUAUAGUCUCUUUCUAACUCCCUUUAAUAAAGACACAGGACUGAUUCCCCCUGA